UGAUCAUUGAUAUUGUUCCCUUUGAGGUGCCUUUUUACAAUUGUUACCCCUGUCGAGCGGCACGCCCCACUGCAGCUCCCGCUCGAAGCUCCAGUCCCUCAGCUCCAUUGGCGAUCACCAGCACAUGCCGCAUUCCGAAAAAGCAACCCCGCUACCCUACUGCCCAAAGGAAUCAUGCCAUCCAAACGGAAGGCAGUAGCGAGUAAAAAGAUAAAGGCAACCGAGAAUUCCGACCCAUCCAGUGCUUCCCCACCCAACAGCGAUAGGGACACCGCUAGCACCAGCACUGGUACCACGCCAGCAGCAGCGCUACCGUCCACUAACAACGGCAAUACCGACUCCAUCCUUGACCGUUCCAAAGCACGCUUCGCCCUCGCCCGCCCCUACGACACCCUCCUCCAGCAAAAGGGCGGCGCGCUCUCCGCUCUGACACCGGCAGAACAGUCCGCCUGGCUCUCAGCACGCAUCGCGUCCCGUCUUGCAAGGAGGCCUGUCUUUGCAUCCUCUACCGCUGCCUCACCUCCCAGCAGCAACAGCGGCAGCUCCUUCGGUAGAGACCUACGCGGAGCCGCGUGUGGCGGAGGGCCAAAGACGCUUAAGGAAGUCUGGCGGACUGUCAACGAGGCGAGUUUGCCGUUGCGUGCGGCCGCCGUGCCUCUCGUGAAAGGGCUAGAGGAAGGGAUAAGCGUGAAGGAGUUUGAGGCUAGGUGGGAGAGGAAGGUUUGGCUGACCUGCUCGGACGUUGCGAGCCGCUGUUUUAAAGAGAAGAGGGAGAGGGAAAGGAGAGGGGAGAGAGAGGAGAAGACUGGGGAGAGGGUAAUUGUGACUGGGCAGGAGAUAUUUGAGGAGACGGGGAGACGACAACAGAUGGCUGCGCUUAGAACGGAGUUGUAUGGCGGAGGGGUGCGCAAGGAUGGGAAGCUGGCUGCGGAUCCCGAGUGGGAUGAUGUCGUGCCCGUGGUGUUGGAGGAGCCGGAGGGGGCGCUCGCGGCGAUUGCGUACCCGCCUGAGUAUGCGGAGGCUAUGUCCUACCUUCGCGCGGUGAUGCAAGCAAAGGAGCACUCACCCCGCUGCCUGCGUCUCACAGAGCACAUCAUCGGGAUGAACCCGGCGCACUACACCGUUUGGCUGUACCGUGCAGCGAACGUCUUCGCGCUCAAGCUACCGAUCCUGGACGAAAUCGCGUGGCUCAACGAGGUGGCGCUGGAAAACCUGAAGAACUACCAAAUCUGGCACCACCGCCACUUACUCGUGGAGAACUACUUCCCAACCAUCGCGUCCGACCCAGCCGCCAUCUCCGCCUUCGCCGCCUCGGAGCGCGAGUUCCUGCGUCAGAUUCUCGCCGAGGACACCAAGAAUUACCACGUCUGGUCAUACCGGUCCUACCUAGUCGGGAAGCUGGGCCAGUUCGACAGCGCCGAGGAGCUACAGGCCAUUGAGGCCAUGAUAGAUGAAGACGUGCGCAACAACUCGGCGUGGUCGCACCGCUUCUUCCUGGUGUUCUCCAACCCGGAGCACGCCACGCCUGGCGUGGCGGCCACCGAGCCGGAUCCCAAGGUACCCCAAGCGGUGGUGGAUCGGGAAGUAGACUAUGCCAAGGGGAAGAUCCUUCUGGCACCGCAGAAUCAAAGCGGGUGGAACUAUCUGCGCGGGGCGUUGGUCAAGGGUGGGCGGAAGUUGGGAACUGUGGAAGAAUUCGCGAGCGGGUUCGUGAAGGGGUUGGGGCAGGGAGAGGAAGGAGAGCAGGUGCAGAGCACACAUGCGCUGGAUCUGCUGGCCGAGAUCUAUGCCGAGAAAGGGGAUAAAGAGAAAGCGGAUCUGAGUCUGAGACGGCUGGGCCAGAAGUGGGAUCGGAUUCGAGUCGGGUAUUGGGAGUGGCGGCGGAAAUGCUUGGAAACGCCGGCGUAGGGAGGGAAAGGACUAGGAAACUCUGAAGACUUGAUUAAGUGUGUUACCUACGAUUACUUAAGGUACUUUGGCUCUUUCUGAAGGAAUAGGAAAGUGCCCUGGGUUUACAGCUAGGUGGAAAGUACCAGUACAUAGCCUGUGGUACUGAAAAUGCUAGAAUAGGGGAGGUACGGUGCCUAUCUUCUCACUAAUCACUGCAUGCCUCAUGACACACGGAUUGAGGGCAACGAGUU